AUGUUCGCCCGUCAUCUAGCUCUACUUGCAUUCUUAUCAGUUGCUUACGCCUUCCCACUGGAUCAGAGCAACUGGCAGCUGAUUCCUAAUGCAGAAGGUUUUCUACAUUUGGUGAACACCAAUCCGUACAAUCUGCCAGAAGCUAAUCCUACCGAUCCGGAGGUGCAUUUUAACCCGGAAGCCGAUAUCGAGUUCCGUUUGUUCACGCGAAACAAUCCUAGUCAAGCUCAGAUUUUAGAGAUCAACAACCCCGCGUCUGUUACCAGUUCAAACUUCAAUCCAGCUCACCCAACACGGUUCACGAUUCAUGGUUGGAAUGGCAACGGUAACGAUGGACUGAACACCCGAACACGCGACGAACUGCUGGCUUUGGGUGAUUUCAACGUGAUUGCAGUGGACUGGAGCGUUGCUGCAGUAAAUCCAAACUACAUUACGGCACGUAACGCCGUUGGACCAGCCGGAUUCGGAGUCGGCCGAUUGAUCGAUCGUCUUAUUGAACUGACGGGAGCCAAUGUGAACAACAUCUAUGUUAUUGGUUUCAGUUUGGGGGCUCAUGUAGCGGGAAAUGCUGGAAAACACUUCAAUGGUCGUAUAAACUCCAUUAUUGCGUUAGAUCCGGCCGGGCCGCUGUUCUCUGCCGGACAGAGUGACGCCGUAUCGCCUCAGGAUGGUCUGUACGUGGAAACCAUCAUGACCAAUGCAGGAUUGCUGGGUUCGAACGAGCCCCUGGGUCAGGCAAAUUUCUACCCGAACGGAGGGCGAACUCAGCCUGGUUGUGGAACUGACAUCGGGGGCGGCUGUGCGCAUGGACGGGCACCAACGUUUUACAUAGAAUCGCUGCGUUCGACAGUACCGUUCCGUGCAACACGCUGCGCUAGUCACAGCGAAAUUCUUGCAGGAGUUUGCACUCCCAGUGGACCCGAUGCCAAUAUGGGUGGACAGCCGUCGAACUUUGGACGAGGCGUCGAAGGUGUUUUCUUCCUCACGACUAAUGCUGAAUCGCCGUUUGCACAAGGUUGA